AUGAAAAUUGGUGAAGCUGGUGAAGCCUUUUUUGUAUUUGAAACUGAAAAUAAUGUUCCAGAAGAACUUCAAACUUCUCCAUUAGAAUUGGAUUUUUUAGACUUGGGUGGUGGUUCAUCAAAUGACCUAUCAUCAAAAAAGAAAGAUCAAGAUUUUAACACGGUUGUUGUAGAUGAACCAGAAACUAUUGAUUAUAUUUAUGGGGUUGGUGGUGAUGGUAGUGACUCAGUUUUAACCGAUUCUAACAUCACUGUUACUCCAACUUCUGAUGACGUCACUGUUAAUGAUGAAUCAAAUCUUUCAAAAGAAUUAUACGAUCCAAACUGUAAUCUAGAUCAGAAAUUAAAAUUUGAUAAUGAUAAUGAUUUAAAUACAAACUUAGUUUCUGAUAAAAUUAAUGAGUCAAUAAAUGGCCGCGAUGUGGAUGACAAGGAUCAAUCGAAUAGUUUAAAUGAAAAGAAUGAUGAUGCAGCAUCAGAAACUUAUAAAGAUAAUAUUAAAAACAUUAAUUCAAAUGAGAAUAAUGCAAAAGGAAUCGAGAAAGAACUUCAUCCGUCACUUCGAUCCAUCAAAAUUGUUCGGGGGAAACCAGAAGGUCCAUUUUCUGAUACUGAAUUAGAUGAGACACGAAAACCAGAAAAACCUUUAGAACGAAGGAUGAAUAAUAAAACUAGUCCUUUGAGUGAUACUGAAUUAGAGUAUGAACAUAAUAAUCCACCAAAAGAUUCUGAAGAAUGGUCAUGGGGCUGGGGUACACUUCCUCAAACUGAUGCAGAAUUAUUUCGUCAGAAUUUAGUUACUUAUGAACAAUUUUCUCAAAAUCCUCAAAUAUUAAGUGAUAAAACACUAGUUGUCAAAUUUAACAACAAUUAUUAUUCUUGGUCUACGGCUGCACCAAUAAUUGCUUCACUUUUGAUUUUCAAGAAGCCACUUCCAGAAUCGACAAUGGCAUCAUUGGCUAACAAUAGAUUAGAACCUGAUCGCCGGAGAUAUAGUUUAAGGGAAUGGAGUAGAUGGUGGAGUCGUUCUUCAAGUAUAGAACGUCCAAUAAAUAAUAUUAGGGAUAAAGAAAAAGCCAUACAAGAAACUGAAAAGGAUCAAAAUAAAUCAAAGAAGUUUUAUGCAAAAACUUUACGUCUAACUUCAGAUCAAUUAAAAAGUCUUAAUUUGAAAAAAGGGAUGAACACUAUUAUAUUUUCUGUUGCUUCUUAUAAAGGAAAAGCAACUUGUGCUGCUAGAAUUUUUUUGUGGGAUUAUGAUACUAAAAUAGUGAUCUCAGAUAUUGACGGAACUAUCACAAAAUCCGAUGCUCUUGGUCAUGUAUUUGCAAUGAUUGGCAAAGAUUGGACACAUUCUGGUGUUGCUAAAUUAUACAGUGAUAUAAGAAGAAAUGGUUAUCAAAUUUUAUAUUUAACUAGUCGUGCAAUAGGACAGGCAAGUUAUACUAGAGGAUAUUUACAAAAAGUUGAACAAGGUAAAUAUCAACUACCAGAUGGUCCUGUCAUAAUGUCACCAGAUCGAUUAUUAACCGCUUUUCAUAGAGAAGUGAUAAUGCGAAAACCAGAAGUUUUUAAAAUGUCAUGUCUACGUGAUGUUAAAAAAUUAUUUGAUGAUCAUAAUCCUUUUUAUGCUGGAUUUGGUAAUAGGAUAACGGAUGCGUUAUCUUACCGAAGUGUAGAUAUUCCAUCUUCACGAAUUUUUACAAUAGGAUUUAAUGGUGAAGUGAAAUUGGAAUUAUUGACGGGAUACAAAUCAACCAAAGAAUGGGACACAGUAUAUAAUGAUUGGAAUUAUUGGAAACCACCAUUACCAGAAGUUGAAAUACCAUCUGAAAUAUUCAACACUGUCACAUCAACUCCUUCAUCGCCGAAAAGUCAAUCUGUUGCUAUGACAAGUUCACCUAGUUUAGGAAUGAUUAGAAAUUUAGCAGGUAGUAUAAAGAAAUCUAGUAGUAAAUCAAAAGAAAGGAACACAGUUUUUAUUGGAGGUGAUGUUGAUAUGCCAGCUUGGGGACAAGAGGAUCACGAAAUAUUUGAUUUAGUAGACGAUUUAGAAAAUGCAGAAGGGGAAGAUGUAACUUUUUAUUCAUGGCUCGGAGUAGAACCUACAGCCAACGAGAAAGAAAUUAAUAAAGCGUAUCGUAAAUUAUCUUUAACUUUACACCCGGAUAAAAAUCCUGAUAAAGAUAGCAAAGAAAGAUUUUCUAGAUUAGGUUUAAUAGGUGCAAUUUUGCGUAAUUCAGAGUCAAGAGAACGAUACAAUUUUUUUCUAAAGAAUGGAGUACCAAAAUGGCGUGGUACUGGCUAUUAUUAUAACCGUCAUAGACCAGGACUUGGUACCGUAGUAAUAUUUUUAUUAAUGCUAUCAUCAUUGUUUCAUUAUGUUAUCACGUGGAUAAACUAUUAUCGGGACAAGCAACGUGUACGAUAUUAUAUACAAGAAUCGAGAGAAAUCGCCUGUGGUAAAAGAAUGAAAAAACAAAACACCAGGAAAAAAAUUUUUGUUAAUGAAAAGAAUUUCAUUGUUGAUUAUGAUAAUGUUUUCUUGUUGACUAAAGAUGGCGAACAAUUUAUUAUGGAUGAGAAUGAAAUCGAGAAACCAAGAAUUUUGAAUAUUUUUGUAUUUUCAAUCCCUAUUUUAAUUUAUAAAAAACUAAUUUGUAGUAAUAAAGAUGAUACUAACAUUAACAAUAAUAUUAAUAAUAUCAAUGAUAGAAAUAUUAAUGAUAAAUCUCGUAGACGUAGGAAAGAACUAAACAACUAA